GCAGAGGUUGUAAGGGACACACUGCAAGCUGCCAACAAGGGGGAGGAAGCACGUCCACAUCAUUCUCCUGUGUUCAUAAUGCUGGAGCAGUGAAGAGAGGAAGCAAAGAAAUGGGCCUGAGAAAUCUGGGGGGGUGUCUCUCCACCACCUCCACCUCCAACACCUCCUCUUCUAACAGCACUGUGUCCGACUGCCGGACAAGCCUGUUCAAGCCUCUCCGCUGUGCCUCCUGCUCUGGAGAGGGCGGAAACUUCGAGAGUCCUGCUAUCCUUCGCAAAAAACUGGUAGGGGGAUGUCUGCCCUGUACCCCGCUGUCCUCUUCGGCCCCUCUCCGGGCGAUACAGAGCUGCGUCACAGGCUGCAACCCCAAAGCCUCUCAGACAGGCAGCUCCACCUGCAGCUACUGCAGCAGCGACCCCAUAGUGGUGACGUUUAACCCUCGCAGAGGCAAACCCCCGGGGAGAGCGGCUCAUCCGGCAGGUGCGUUCCAAGCCGAUGACGACGACGACUACAGCGUGCGUACUAUUUGGCCUGAUGAACUGGUCAAGAAGAUGACCCAUUCUAAGGCCCAGAAGAAUCACUGUGCCGGGAUGGGAGCAGAACUCGGGAACACCUGCGCAACCCAGGCCCAGGACGGUAGCAACGGAAAAGGCCUCGCCAUCCUGGACUGUCAAAACCUCCAGGAAUACGCGCAUUCUCAUCUUACAGACCGCGCUGGCCGACGACGUCUUCAGCAGGGGAAAAUGGCUGCUUUAGAUUUUAUGGGCCGCAGGUCAGGACCUAGUUAUGACGAAGGCCGGAACUCGCUUAAGAGGCUCCUGAAUAAAGCUGAAGAUGUAGAAGCUGAGCAAGACGGAGAUGCAGCAUAUCGACGUUCCCCCUCUCCACGCUCCGCCUCUCCGCCGUCACCAGUGUCCUUUUCGCCCCCUCCGUCCGCCCCUAGCACACUCAUCAAACCGAGGCCCUGGCAGAGCGACAGGGAUGGAGGACAUUCGCUGCCCACGGCUCACUCGCUUCACCUGGCCCUCAACUCUCUGAACAGAGAGCAGGACGAGGAGAACAACAGAAUGCACCUUUCUCUACCGCUCUCAUCUUCCUUGCCUGCCUCUCUGUCCGAUGAGACCGCGAUGAGUCCCGAUGCGGAGAAUGCGGUGAUCAGUCCCAUCUUACCCUUCCUGUUUCUGGGGAACGAGAGAGACGCCCAGGACCUGGACCUGCUGCUGCGCCUCAACAUCGGCUACGUGGUCAACGUGACCACACACCUGCCGCUCUACCAUGUCAAGUCUGGACUGCGCUACAAGAGGCUGCCUGCCACCGAUAACAGCAAGCAAAACCUUCGACAAUACUUUGAGGAGGUUUUCGAAUUCAUUGAGGAGGCAUAUCAGAGUGGACAGGGAGUGUUGGUCCACUGCCAGGCAGGCGUGUCCCGUUCUGCAACCAUCGCCAUCGCUUACCUUAUGAAGCACACCCUCAUGACAAUGACAGAUGCCUACAAAUACGUGCGGAGCCGUCGUCCCGUGGUGUCCCCGAAUCUCAACUUCAUGGGCCAGCUUUUGGAGUUCGAGAGGGACCUCAACUCCGGGGUGACUCCUCGUAUCCUGAUGCCUAAACUUAGCGGCGUGGAGACUCAGGUGUGAGGCAGGUCAGGGGUCAGGAGCGUGUCCGGUACCUUCAGGUAAAGAAGACAUUAAAGUGGAAUGGAUGAGCAUCAAAGAAAAAGUGCAGCACAUUGUAGAAGAGAGACAUGCUGAGAAAUAUUACAAUUGGGAAAUGGUGGCAAUUUGUGCACUUUUAAUACUGUGAUACAAAAGACUGGAUGCUACAUGUAAGUGGUCAUUCUUAGACAUGAUCAUCAUCCAGCACACUGUUUAUAAGAUGACGUGCCAAUAUUUUGUAUAGACCUGACAUCAGAUAUCUCACUUCUUUUUGUCUUCUCCUCAUUUUUGUUCCCAUUGUUUACAUUCACAACCACACACAGAAAUGCAAUUAUUUUGUUGGCAUUAAUCUCAAAUGCAUGCAAAGCAGGUACGCAAACAAGACCAUACUUCAUGAACAUCACCACUCUGAUGUUCCCACCACAUGUAGCCAAACACAGGUCAUAACAAUGCACUUUACCUUUGAUGCGUUUGUUUCUUUAUGACCUACUGAAAUGUCACAAAUGUUUGGUUCAUAUAAUUGUGUUUUUUUAUAUUUGGAAACUGUGCAAUAGAGCGGCAUGGACCGAGCAGAAACAAGAGUAGCAUUAACCUAGGCAACUUGUAGCAAAAUGGAUAAAAUGGAUAAAAAGGGAAAUGUGUAAAUGUAUUCCAGUGAAGUGGCCUGUUUGUUAGCAAAGAAAAAGGACUGCAAGAUUUAAAUGAUGCUGUGCACUCACAGGGUCAGAGUGAUGAUAAAACAGUGUUAAUAUUUGAUUGAAUACAGGUUAUUACACAAAAAUAUGCUGAUCAUAAAUACAUUUACUGCAAAAGCUGAAACCCCAAUGCAACAGUACUUCCAGAGGUUUCUGUAUGCAGUAUUAUUGCAGUAUAUUUGAACGGAGGUGUGGAUUGGUUCCUUUUGUCCAGCUGUAGUGAUCUGAUUUAAAAUAACAGACCUUGUCCAACUGUGCAGUAUUUAUUUUGAGUUUAAUUCAUUAGAGAAUUGCAAUAUUUUAUUUAUUAUAUAACUGGCGUGAAACAGUCCUGUCAUGGUGCACGGACAGAUAUUGCUCUUAAUAUACAAAGCACAUGGUGUUUUAAAUUGGUUGGAGUUAACAGUUAAGAUGCAACAUGUAACAUCCUGCUUAACUUGUGUGGUCGGGAACAUUUGGAUUAUAGUUUUGGUGAAAACUAAAAGCUUUUAUUUUGAAAAGUGUUAAUUUUCCUACAGUACCAGAAAAGGAUUUUCAACCAAGUAAUCAUUUAGAAAGUGUAUAGUAUUAAGGCUACACCAUACCCAAGUCAUGAACACUUGAAAUGCCAAAUCUACUUAUUAGUGAUUUAAAACCUUUGUGAAUGAGUAUAAUGACAUCACUGUUUUUCAGAGAUGGUGAUGUCUGGUAGCUGAUUGGUUGAUGUCUGUUACUUCUUUUGUCUUACUGUCCUUACUGAAAUCCUUAGCUGUUCCCCCAUACGAUGCAUGACUUUUAUUAUGAAGCGUGGUUUUAUUAGAGUAGGUGGACUCGCUGUGAACUGUAUUAUAAUGGUCGAGGUCUGAUUCCCAUUCAAUACAGAUGUAUUUACCUUUAGAAGUCCUGUGUAUCCAGUCUGCACAGUCAAUAGUGUGGUUAAAACACUGAACAUAGUUGAUGUGAAAGUAGUUAGAAAUCUUUGGCAGAUUGAGACUUUAGAUGCAGGGCUGUGAAAAAGUAUGAUACAAACUGCAGCUUUUCCUAGCUUCCCGUUAGGAAUUCUAUACUAUAUCCAUGUAUUCACGCCAUGUAAAGAAUAAGUGAACGGUGGAGAACUGGUGUUGACUAAUCUGGUAGCUAAGGAUGACAAUUGCUUUGCACAUUUUCUAAACUGAUGCCAUAUUAACACAUUCUUCAAAGAUGCUGUAAAUAUUUAAAGUCAUUUAGGACUUAAGAAUUUGAAAAAAAAAGUGUUUUGCUAGCAUCAAUUGUUGUGAAAAAGAGUUCAGGUGUUGUGAGUUGUUCUUAUUUUGUAUUUAUUUGUUUUCUCUUCAGUUAGACAGAGGAAAUACAUGGUUGUGCAGGAUUUGUCACGGAUACAUUAUUGAUUAAAUCUAACACAUUCGAUUAAAGAGAAAAGGUCCCACUCAUAUGUUCAUAAAAACCCAAACAAAUAUAAAUCAGUAUGUGGAUACGUGACUAAAUCUAAAUGUAUACACCUUUUCCAGAUUUGAACAAAAUGCCCUGUCCCAAGUUUCUACAACCAAAAUGCCUUCAGUUUAGCCUUGUGUGUAAUCUGGUCCUGCUGUGGUGUCAUUAUAGAUAAGACUUUGUAAAAUGACCCUGAAUUGUGCUUGUUGGGAUUUAUUUUCUGUUUAAGUGACUUUGAUAUUGGCCAUAUAUUUUUCUACAAUCAAAACCUCAUCAUGUUAGGUUAACACAGUUACUGUAAUUGUGCUUUUACAGUUGUUUUUUUUUACAUGAAUCUUUGUUUUGUAUGAAAGGCUGUUUGGACAGAAUGCCAUCUUCCAACUGUGCAUUUGCAGUAUUACAGUUUCACUGUUAUCAGACCUCCGUUACCGUGGGUCAACAUACCGUAUUCCUGUUUUUACCUCUCGCCUUUAUUUCAGCUGGAGAGACUUCAACGUUUCUUCCUCCGGUCUCUCCAGCUAUAAGCUCACAGUAGGUGUGUUAUUAACCUUGAAGAGGGCCUGUUGCUAUUGCUCCUUGAUUUUUAUACAGACUUUAUAUGCAAAAUGGCUGUUGUAGCAAUUCAUUCUACCCUGAAUGGACUUGCUGUGCAGUCGAGUCAGUGCUGACCUCAGACGCUUGUUCUCGAGAGACACAUCUAAGGAAACGUUUUCUCUUUAAUUCAAAUAAACUGAAGGGCCAGUCUCUCCUUGAGUGUUUGUGUGUGAAGAAAAAAAAUCAGUUUGUGUUCUGCUCUCGAACAGUGUGUAUGAUAAGGUUUUGAGGACAUUGUAUAUCCGUGCAUUGCUUAAUUAUUCCUGUUUGUACUUUACUGCUCAUUUUUAAAACAUUGUGUACAUUCCUGUACCAAAUAUUGAAUUCAAGGAUAUUAACUCAUAGGACUGACGCUGAUGAGACGAUUCAAGAAAAAGAAAAAAGCAGAUCACCUCCUUCCUUCCUAACGGGGUAAGAACUCUUCAGGUAUGACUAUCAUAGUAAUGCUGUGCUGUUUCACCCCCCGCCCGGCCUUCCUCCAGAGACCCAAAAACUCCUGUUAUCUAUCCAACCUGUGAUGCUCUUCCUUUUCAUGAUGGAUUGUUUCUCUUAAGCAAAUGUAAUAUUUUCAUAUUGUAGUAACUGGUCCUUGUAUCUAGACAAUGUUUUUACCUUCAUGUACCGAUUAUACUCUUCAUAAUUCUUCGAGGUGCACUGUGACUAAUACAAUGCUGCUAUAUCACAAAUACUUUUAUUUUGUAAGUCAUGUUAGUGGUGAAUAUCGCUAAAGGUGUUACAAAGUGGGCUCCGAUACAGAGGCACCCUUGAUCAAAUGUUUUCUUCCAGUUCUUUCCAGGCUUUAUUAUUGUGCUGCCUCGCUGCAGUGUGUUUAAAUCUGUAGCUGUCCCUGAGGGUCUUCCUUUACAAGCAUGAUAAAAGAAAAGAGAGAGUAUAAUGUAGCAGUUACAAAAAAAGCCUAACUCAUUGCUUCCUGUCAAUAUAACUGUGAUGUUGCUUUUUCUGCAACCAUUUUGGCAGAAUUUGUUGUCAAGGUAUUGACCGUAGUUACAGUAGGCCUAUACGAGAAAACAACCAUAGGAAUAUUUAAUUAGGCUCUGUAUGUAUGUAUUUGACACAAUCUAGAUGAUGUCCUCUGAAGAAAUCAGGAGUUGAACAUUUAAAAGUAGUUGGGUUAAAACAGGAAUCCUGCAACUGAAGCAAGAUGCAUUUUUGUAUCUCAUGUUGCUAUGUCAAAUGUGGCGUUGUUACGUGCAGAGUUUAAACUAUUUGAUAGAUGCCAUGGAAUUGUGUUCACACAUUCAUCCACCAGAGAAUAUUUAAAUGAAUGUAAUUCCCCUACUUCUUCUUCAUCUAGUGCAAUCUGCAAGUCAAAAUGGUGUAUGACUCAAUACCUGCUAAUGCCAUUCAAAUACGCCUUAGUGUUUAGUGCUAAUUUGCUAAUAUUAGCAUCCUGUUACUAAAUUAGGAUUUUAAAUAAACAUGCUAGGCAAUUGAUCACAUGCACCGGUUAAGAUGUAACAAACAUGCUAGCACUAUCACUGCUAACUAACAUGUUAGGUUGCUGACCGUUUUUCUUAAGCUAGCUAGCAUGGCUGUACAUAGUCUUUUUUCAGACCUACACACAUUCUUAAGACAUACAAAAACUUCAUUACAGACAUAUUUUUCUGUCAAGUGAAUGUUGCUGCAAUGAAUAACACACUUGUGAUACAAAUCUGCAUGUUCUCUCUCGCGCAUUUCAGUUGCAAGAUUUCAGUUGAUUGUAAGCUAAAACUGCUUGUCAUUGUUUUUUUACAGUAAUUUCUUGGUAUGAUUGGCAAAAAAAAGCCAUUAGCUCACAAUACAUGUAGUUGGUCUCAUGAUGUGAUGUCAAGUAGCCUAUACUUACAAAAAAAAAUUGGUUGACAAAAUAAAUACUGAACUACAAUAAUUCAAUGUCAGUUGUAGCCUACAGACAAAGAUAGAAACAUCCAUGGGCUACUAGAAAUAAGUAUUAGGGGUCUUUUGUAUGUUUGCUUUUAAGGUAAACUACUUAAAGUCAAAGCCUGUGAAACACUUUAUUUAGAAUUGAUUGGAUCUAAUUGAUUUUUGUUAACAAACUAUUUGCUUGUGGCUUUAGACACUACCAACUUUGAAAAUCUGAUGCCGAUCUGAGACAAAUAAGCCCCAAAAACAUACAUCUAUAACUCAUCUUGUAGCACAAAUAAAUAUGCAAAACUUCAAGAGGAGCUUUACUUAAAGUAGGCCUACCUUCAAAUAAUCUAGCAGCCAGUGUAAAGAUUAUAAUCUCAAAUAUACACAGGCCUUAAAUGCAUCCCUAGAGAAGAAUUACAUGUAUACGUUUAGAGAGCAGUAGCAUAUGCAGUUAGAAGGAUGUCAAGAAAAGGGGUGUGUGGGAAUUGAUUAUUGGUUUACAUGUGAACACACUCUGUUGGCAUGACGUCAAACUCCCAUUCAGGCAGAACAGUUGUGCAAUACAUAGACACACUAUAGCUUCAUAAAGAGGUUUGAGGAUCCGCUCUAGACAAACAUGUUCUUUCUCUUCCAUUUAUACAUGUUUGACUCACAGCUGCUCUGAGUUAUAAGGUUUCUAUGUUGGUGACAUGACUGAUGCUUUCCCCAUCAAGUGAUUCAACUGCUGUAUUGUCUUCUCUUUUGUUGGUUAUAGCUGAAUAUGAUAAUGUUACCAUAAUAGCAUCCUAAAGUGUGCUGUACAAAACCUGAUGGCUGGAUUGUGAAGUUGUUCUCUAUGUUCAUUUCUAGAAAACACACUGGAACUGGCUCUUUCAUUAAAAAGAAAAACCUG